UCUUUUCUUUGCCUCCGCAGCCGGCCGAGGGGGCGGGCCUUGCAGUCUUUGUUGCCCACGGACCCAGCGCAGCCGCCCGCCGGGCCGGAGUCGGGGCUGGGACGCUGGGAGCUACGGUGGGGCCGGGCAUGUCCUGAGCCGAACCCGGGACCGGACAGCCACCGGACGGGACGGACGAGAGCGCGCGCGCGGGGUCGCCCGGCGGCCGCCUGGCCCCGGCCAUGCCCGGCGGUCCGAACCCCCGCAGCCCCGCGCCGCCGCUGCGCCCACUCCUGCUGCUGCUCUGCGCCCUGGCGCGCGGCGCCCCCGGACCCGCACCAGGACCCACAGCAGAGGGCCGGGAGGCGCUGGACAUCGUGCACCCGGUGCGUGUGGACGCGGGGGGCUCCUUCCUGUCCUACGAGCUGUGGCCGCGCGCGCUGCGCAAGCGAGACGUGUCCGGGCGCCGAGCCGCACCCGCCUUCUACGAGCUGCAGUACCGCGGGCGUGAGCUGCGCUUCAACCUGACCGCCAACGUGCACCUGCUGGCGCCCGGCUUCGUGAGCGAGACGCGGCGGCGCGGGGGCCUGCGGCGAGCGCACAUCCGCGCCCACGCCCCCGCCUGCCACCUGCUGGGCGAGGUGCAGGACCCGGAGCUGGAGGGCGGCCUGGCGGCCAUCAGUGCCUGCGACGGCUUGCAAGGUGUGUUCCAGCUCUCCCAGGAGGACUACUUCAUCGAGCCGCUGCAGGGGGCUCCAGUCCGGCCUGGCCGUGCCCAGCCCCACGUGGUGUACAAGCGCCAAGCCCCCAAGAAGCGGGCCGCACCCGGGGACUCCAGGACCGCAGGCACCUGUGGGGUGCAAGAGUCCCCGGAGCUGGAGCCUCGGCGGGAGCGCUGGGAGCAGCGGCAGCAGUGGCGGCGGCAGCGGCCGAGGAGGCUGCACCAGCGCUCUGUCAGCAAAGAGAAGUGGGUGGAGACUCUGGUGGUGGCCGACGCCAAGAUGGUGGAGUACCACGGGCAGCCGCACGUGGAGCGCUACGUGCUAACCAUCAUGAACAUGGUGGCCGGCCUGUUUCAUGACCCCAGCAUUGGGAACCCCAUCCACAUCACCAUCGUGCGCCUGGUGCUGCUGGAAGACGAGGAGGACGACCUGAAGAUCACACACCACGCAGACCACACCCUGCGGAGCUUCUGCAAGUGGCAGAAAAGUAUCAACAUGAAGGGGGACACACACCCCCUGCACCACGACGCCGCCAUCCUGCUCACCAGGAAGGACCUGUGUGCGGCCAUGAACCGGCCCUGCGAGACCCUGGGCCUGGCCCACGUGGCCGGGAUGUGCCAGCCGCACCGCAGCUGCAACGUGAACGAGGACACGGGCCUGCCGCUGGCCUUCACCGUGGCACACGAGCUCGGGCACAGUUUUGGCAUUCAGCAUGACGGAAGCGGCAAUGACUGUGAGCCGGUUGGGAAACGGCCUUUCAUCAUGUCUCCACAGCUCCUGUACGACGCGGCGCCCCUCACCUGGUCCCGCUGCAGCCGCGAGUACAUCACCAGGUUCCUCGACCGCGGGUGGGGGCUGUGCCUGGACGACCCUCCCUCCAAGGACAUCAUUGACUUCCCGGCCGUGCCGCCCGGUGUCCUCUACGAUGUGAGCCACCAGUGUCGCCUCCAGUACGGGGCCUACUCCGCCUUCUGCGACGACAUGGACAACGUGUGCCACACACUCUGGUGCUCUGUGGGGACCACCUGUCACUCCAAGCUGGACGCAGCCGUGGAUGGCACCAGGUGUGGGGAGAGCAAGUGGUGUCUCAAUGGGGAGUGUGUUCCUGUGGGCUUCCGGCCGGAGGCUGUGGACGGAGGCUGGUCCGGCUGGAGCGCCUGGUCCGUCUGCUCGCGGAGCUGUGGCGUGGGGGUCCAGAGCGCUGAGCGGCAAUGCACACAGCCCACGCCCAAGUACAAGGGCAAGUACUGCGUGGGUGAGCGCAAGCGCUUCCGCCUCUGCAGCCCGCAGCCCUGCCCCCGCGGCCGCCCCUCCUUCCGCCAGGUGCAGUGCAGCCACUUCGACGCCAUGCCGUACAAGGGCCAGCUGCACACGUGGGUGCCCGUGGUCAGCGACGUGAACCCCUGUGAGCUGCAUUGCCGGCCGGCCAAUGAAUACUUUGCCGAGAAGCUGCGGGACGCCGUGGUGGAUGGCACCCCCUGCUACCAGGGCCAGGCCAGCCGUGACCUGUGCAUCAACGGGAUCUGCAAGAAUGUGGGCUGUGACUUCGAGAUCGACUCGGGUGCCGUGGAGGACCGCUGCGGCGUGUGCCACGGCAAUGGCUCCACCUGCCACACUGUGAGCGGCACCUUCGAGGAGGCUGAGGGCCUGGGCUACGUGGACGUGGGCAUGAUCCCGGCGGGGGCACGUGAGAUCCACAUCCAGGAGGUGGCCGAGGCAGCCAACUUCCUGGCCCUGCGCAGUGAGGACCCGGACAAGUACUUCCUCAACGGCGGCUGGACCAUCCAGUGGAACGGGGACUACGAGGUGGCCGGCGCCACCUUCACCUACGCUCGCACGGGCGACUGGGAGAACCUCACGUCCCCCGGCCCCACCCACGAGCCUGUGUGGAUCCAGCUGCUGUUUCAGGAGAGUAAUCCCGGCGUGCGCUACGAGUACACCAUCCACAGGGAGGAGGCCGGCCGCGGCGAGGCGCAGCCGCCCGAGUUCUCCUGGCACUACGGGCCCUGGAGCAAGUGCACGGUCACCUGCGGCACAGGUGUACAGAGGCAGAGCGUGUACUGCAUGGAGCGGCAGGCAGGGCCCGUGGAUGAGGGCCACUGUGACGCCCUGGGCCGGCCCGAUGACCGCCAGCGGAAGUGCAGCGAGGAGCCCUGCCCUGCCAGGUGGUGGGCAGGUGAGUGGCAGCUCUGCUCCAGCUCCUGCGGGCCGCGGGGCGUCUCCCGCCGGGCCGUGCUCUGCAUCCGCAGCGUGGGGCUGGAUGAGCAGAGCGCCCUGGAACCGUCCGCUUGCGUGCACCUGCCCCGGCCCCCCGCCGAAGCCCCGUGCAACCGCCACGUGCCCUGUCCAGCCACCUGGGCCGUGGGGAACUGGUCUCAGUGCUCGGUGACAUGUGGAGUGGGCACUCAGCACCGGAGAAUCCUCUGCACCAAUGACACCGGCAUCCCCUGUGACGAGGCCCAGCGGCCAGCAAGCGAGGCCCCCUGCCGCCUGGCACCGUGCCCGUGGUGGCCACCGGACACUCUGGGCCCCGACGGCUCAGGCAGCGGCUUCUCCAGCCCUGAGAUCUUCAAUGAAGUGGAUUUUGUGCCACGCCCCCCGGCCCCACGCCCAUCCUCUCCGCCUGGCAUGGGCAAUGCCAUUGGGGAGGAGGAGCCGGAGCCGCCAGGGCCGGUGUUCGUGGACGACUUCUACUACGACUACAACUUCAUCAACUUCCACGAGGACUUGUCCUACCCUCCCUUCCAGGACCCCACCCCGGACCUGACGGGCGCAGGGGCACAGUCGCCCCCCACAGAGCCUCCUGGGGCAGAGAAGCAGGGGGCACUGGGAACUCCAUCCCCUGGCCCCCCGCCCAGCCAGGCUGGCCACUCCCCGCUCCCCCCGACGGAGCCAGCACCUGUGAGCCCCUCGGCCACCAUCUUGUCUGAGGAUGCUACCCCCAUGGAGGCCCCAGACCUGGGGCUCCCCAGCUGGCCCCAGCCCUCUGGUUCGGCCCACGGCACGGAGGCACCUGCUGUCCCUGGGAACCCACAUGAGCUCCUGGUGGAGGAGGACAGCCGGAGCCAGCCGGCCCCCACGCCCCGGGACAGGACCAAUGAGGUUUCCUUGGACGAUGAGGAGCCCGCCAGCCGUGGAGCCCCCUCUCCGCCCCAGAGCCCCAGCCCCUCGCUACCUCCUUUGCCCUCUGGUGGCUCUACCCCCUCUUCCCCUAGCACUGGCCCAGCCGAGUCGUGGACAGAAGGCACUGUGGCCUGGGGGCCGGCUCUGGACCGUGGCCUGGGGCCUGUGGACAGUGAGCUGUGGCCCACAGUGGGGGCACCUCCUCCCCCACCUCCCCCUUUGGCCACCCUAUCAGGGAUUCGGGGUGGUGACAGCCCCCAGGAGCCAGGGACUCCCACGGCUCCAGCCCCAGACCUGGGCUCAGAGGACCUGUGGACGCUGGCAGUGCCCGGGGCCUUCUUCCCCACAGCCCCGACCCACCUCGGGCACACGCCCUGGGGGACUGCCCUGAGCCCAGGACCCUCCCCCAGGCCGGAGGCGUCUCUGAGCUCUGUGCCACUGCCCACACCAGCUCGGGACAGUCCGGCCAACAGCAGCAAAGCCCCAGAGGCCCCGCCCCUGGACCUGCUAGGUGCCAGGAAUGCCAGCUGGCAAGUUGGCAACUGGAGCCAGUGCUCCACCACCUGCGGCCUGGGUGCCGCCUGGAGGCCCGUGCGCUGUAGCACCGGCCGGGACGAGGACUGUGCCCACACUGGCCGGCCCCAGCCCGCUCGGCGCUGCCACCUGCGGCCCUGUGCCGCUUGGCACACAGGCAACUGGAGUAAGUGCUCCCGCAGCUGUGGCGGUGGUUCCUCGGUGCGGGACGUGCAGUGUGUGGACACACGGGACCUCCAGCCGCUGCGGCCCUUCCACUGCCAGCCCGGGCCUGCCAAGCCGGCUGCCCGCCAGCUGUGUGCUACCGAGCCCUGCCUCAGCUGGUACACGUCUUCCUGGAGGGAGUGCUCCGAGGCCUGCGGUGGUGGCGAGCAGCAGCGGCUGGUGACCUGCCCAGAGCCGGGGCUCUGUGACGAGGCGCGCAGGCCCAACGCCACCCGGCCCUGCAACAUGCAGCCCUGCACGCAGUGGGUGGUGGGGCCCUGGGGCCAGUGCUCCGCCCCCUGUGGCGGGGGUGUCCAGCGGCGCCUGGUCAAGUGCAUCAACACCCAGACGGGGCUGCGCGAAGAAGACAGCGACCAGUGCGGCCACGAGGCCUGGCCCGAGAGCUCCCGGCCGUGCGGCACGGAGGACUGCGAGCUCAUCGAGCCUCCACGGUGUGAGCGGGACCGCCUGUCCUUUGGUUUCUGUGAGACCCUGCGCCUGCUGGGCCGCUGCCAGCUGCCCACCAUCCGCGCCCAGUGCUGCCGCUCGUGUCCCCCCACCGGCCAUGGCAUCCUGUCCCGAGGCCAUCAGCGGGUGGCUCGCCGCUGACCCGCUCUACUGAACACACAGACCGACGAUGACAACGAUGACGCACGGACCUCAGCGCCCCACCAGGGCUGCGGCGGCCCCGGCCCCGCGCCCCAAUGGUGCUAACCCCGCCCCGUGGGCAGGCUGGGGAUCCCCUCAAGAAAGGGUAUUUUUUUAUUCUAACAGUUUAUGUAACAGUUAUAAUUUACAUAAAUCAGCACCUACUGU